AUGGAGAAGGUUGGUCGUCGCACACCUCUCAUAGUAGGUGAUAUCUGGCAGUCUGCGUGGCUAGUCGUGUUCGCGUCUGCCGGAACCGCUGAGGAUCCGACGCACAACCAAGGCAUUGGCAAGCUCAUGAUUGUUUCCGCUUGCAUGUUCAUUUUGGGUUACGCCAUGACAUGGGCACCCGGUGUAUGGAUUCUCAUCCGCCAGUCUGUCGACCGCCGCGCCAACUGGGUGUGGAACUUCCUCCUCGCUUUCUUCACGCCCUUCAUCACGAAGGCAAUCGACUACCGCUAUGGCUACGUUUUCGCCGCGUGCAGCUUGACCGGUGCGGUCGUCGUCUACCUCUUCCUGUACGAAUCGUCCGACCUCACGCUCGAGGCCGUCAACAUGCAUUACAUUGUCUUUUACCAAGUAUUGAAGCAAUGA